AUGCCCGGGGUUCCAUCUAGCCGUGGCUGCGAUGCAUGUCGCAAGGUGAAAAAGAAGGUCUGGUUACCGAAAGACCGGCUUGCUUGUGAUCAACUUAAACCGACAUGUUCACGAUGCACACGUCUGAAGAUGACAUGUGUCGGGGGAGGACAGCAGCGGUACAUGUUCAAAAAUCAAUCGCUAAAAGCGAUGCAAACACAAGGCGCAGAAUGCCAAUCAGAACUUCGAUCAUUUUUCUCUGGCAAGGAAGUAGUGUUUGUCGAGGGGCCAAAGCAGGUGCCUAGCACUGAAACGAGUUUAAUGGCAGCAGCCUUUGUCGCAGCAUUUCAGGUGACUGAUAUCCGAUAUGCUGUGGCCUACUAUGGGCCCUUCCUGCGGGAUAUUCCACGGCGAUUGGGCAGCAGCACCGUCCUAGAUUCAGCCGUGAGAGCCCUAUCGACUGCCUACCCGUUUCUUCACACGGGCUCUUACCCACCAAAUGUACUCGUUCGCUAUGGACAAUCGCUGCGGGCACUAAGAGAAUGCCUGAACAAUCCAGUCGAGGCCCGAACUCCCAACACAUUAUGUGCCGUCUAUUUGAUUACCAUCUGCCAGAGCUGGCUAGGAAAACACGAUGAUUCACUCACUAGUCACAGCGAAGCUAUCGCUCAUCUCCUUCGGGCUGCUAGACUAAAUGAGUGGACAAGUACCUUUGAGAUGGAGAUGGUCAUCACACUGUGUGUGCCUAUAAUACUCGAAGGCAUCGCCAACCCGCGUAUCAAAAUGGAUUCAGAGUUUUGGGAACUGACCUCAUCCUUCAAACGUCGUCUAUCUGCCUCGCGCGACAACAAUCGGCCGCAGUCAACCACCGAGCUGCAUCAUCUCGCUAUGUUUCCUAAAUUUGUCCAAAACCCCGAGCCACACCUUGCCGAAAUUGCAAAGACAUACAUGCAAUUGAGGCUCGAUGCACAUCAGAUAAGACAACAUCUUGAUCAAUGUAGAGAAUUUACUCUGGUCUCUUUCUCAUCCUCCGAAGUUGCAAGACACUCCCGUAUCCAAGCUGCUUAUGCCAUUCUCUCUACGCUGGCUGUGUUGUUGAACAGCAUUUUACGAGUUUUUGAUCCCUGGAAUGCUUCCUUGGUGAGUGAAGCUGUCUUUUUCUGCAAUGAGAUUACAAUCCAAGCCAAACUGGCAUCUUGCUACCGGCCAGUGGGGGCAGGGUAUAUUCCUCUAUGCUUGGUUGUUGCUUGGGCGGCAUCGGAUAACCCAGUUCAGCUGGCAAGAAUUGAGGCAAUCCUUUCUGAAUACCAGUCUGAUUUUGCGGACGUGCCAUGGAUGAGCCGUGCUGUCUGGCUAGCCUCUACCCUCGAUAGACAUCGCAUGCGAGUAAUGUCUGGGAAAAAGUCUCCAGAAUCCCCGUUAGAGACUGUCUCCCUGGCUGAUUCAGGAGGCAAUCGUGAUGCGGGGAGCAAAAAGCCUUCAGCGCGCCCCGAAUCUUGCUGCAUUCUCUAA